GUUCAAUGAAGCAGCAAAGAAUCAACAAGUUAAACCCUAAUAUGAAAUCACAUUCCUUUCCCAACUCAAAAAAUACCUUCUUUAUCCUCCCCCUUCUCUUAAUUGAUUGAAUUUACUUUCAAUUUCAGAAAUCCCUAAAACCCAUCUCAAGAAACUGUUCUUCGUGGUUCUAUUCAAGUAAACGAAAACCUAGUCUCCAAGAAACAACAAUUGAGCUGUGUUGGAAUUCUCAAUGAAGAGGAAGAAGCUUCAAACAGAUAUACAGGAUGAGAUGGAGAAGAUGAAGGAGAAGAAGAUAAUGGGUUCGGUUGAAGCUAAUGGUGGCAAUGGUGUAUCAUGGAUUAGAGGCAAAUUAAUCGGAAAAGGAAGUUUUGGUUCUGUUUACAUGGCGACUUUGAAGAAACCCAGAUCAAAAAACGGAUGUUUUCCUUCGAUCAUGGCUGUAAAAUCAGCCGAGGUUUCAGUUUCAGGAACAAUACAGAAAGAAAGAGAAGCAUUAAUCAACAUUGAGUUAUCUCCUUACAUAAUCCGUUGUUAUGGCGAUGAGAUCACAACAGGGGAGAAUGGUCAAAUGGUAUACAACUUACUUCUCGAGUGUUGCUCUGCCGGAACCCUAGCUGAUUUAAUAAAGAAAUCCGAUGGUAAAGGUUUGCCAUUAUCGGAUGUGAAGUUGUACACGAGAUCGAUGCUUCGAGGUUUGAGUAAAAUCCAUGAUCGUGGUUAUGUUCAUUGUGAUUUGAAACCUGCAAACAUUCUUCUCUUACCAAAUCCUUCGAAUGGGUUAAACAAAUUUAGGGUCAAGAUUGGGGAUUUUGGACUUGCUAAGAGAAUGAAACCCUAUUGGAAAAAAGGAAAAUGUGAUUCUGAUCAUUGGAGAGGUACCCCUAUUUACAUGUCGCCUGAAGCUACCAUUGAUGGGAUACAAGAAGCUCCUUGUGAUAUUUGGGCUCUUGGUUGUAUUGUUCUUGAGAUGCUUACAGGUAAGCAACAACAACAUCCAUUGAACGAUGAUAAAGUUAAGAUUCCAGAGGAUUUGUCGAAAGAUGGUAAGGAUUUCUUGAAGGGUUGUUUUGUGAGGAAUACUAAGUUUAGAUUGACGGCUGAAAUGCUUCUGAAUCACUCUUUUAUGGAUGGAUUGGUUGAAGAUGAGGUGGAUGGAGAAGAAGAGGAAGAUGAAGAAGAUGAAAGGAUAUUGCCUAGAGACUUGAUAACUUCCUCAUUAUUGUUGUUUGAAGGAGGAGAAGAUGACGAUAGCGAUCUUGUGUGUUCUUCUUUUGAGGAAAACGGUCUCUUGCUGGAUGGUGAAUUCUCUUGUUCGUCGUCGUGGUAUGAAGAUGUCGAUGAUGAUGAUAAUGUUGAUGAGUUCUUGGGAGGAAAAGAUUGUGGUGGAAUUCAAAGAGCAGGUGUACCAAUAGUUUGAGUGUUUUUAGUUUUUUUGACAAUUUUGGAUUGUUCACUUAUUCUUACACAUUCACAUGUAAAUGUGUUAUUCUCUUUACUUCAAUGUUUUUCUUUUACAAAUUCAAUUUCAUUUAUGUGUAAGUCAUUCCUUAUUAAUCAAUAGCAAUCAUUAUUCAAGAUCCAA